AUGGCUCUGCCCGUUACAUCCAUCAUGAUGCCACGAGCCUUUCUAGCAGCGGCAAGACCAUUACAGCGGAUACUAGUUGGGGCUUCUAGCCGGACACAUAUACCACCAUUUCCCGGACACCAUACACAACAAGUUCGCCAGAUUCGAUACCGCCUAGCUAAGCGGGAGGAUGCCAAUCCAAAACUUCUUUUCACAGGCGAGGACAUCCCUUCACUGGAUGUAUGGGAUCGUUUAAGUGAAAGGGCGAUCACUCGACGGAUUCCCCCAGAAAUUACCUCUGAGCAGAUGUAUGAAGCGGUACGCUCAUACUGUUCCAUUGCAAUUCACAAUAACGACUCCUGGCAGCCAAGGUUACAAAGUGCCAUCAGCCUCUGGCCCCUAAGCGAUCACAAACUAUGCAUCCACAUGCUAUCCACCGCCUCCUCCCUAGGCUACCACCCCUCCACCGUCUCCGUGAUGUUCUUCCUCUCCCAAAUAAGCGACUUCUUCGACGCCCGUCUCAAGCCACCCUUCCGCGACAUCAGCGCCCGCUUCAGGCUCCUCUCCCGAACCAGCAGAGACCCCGACAUCCUCACCGUCCAAGGCCUCAUCGCCCUUCGAGAAGACGACCAAGACGCCGCGCUUCGUUUCUUCGAGCAGGCCGUCAUCACCGCUGAGAAGGGCACCGGUAUCCUGCCCCCCCUCGUACCAGGCGACUUCGUCUCCGAUGGGGACACCAAGGAAGUCCCCGGCCGCCCCCUCCGGUUCUCCUACGAAAAGUCCUGCUACUACAACCUGGGUCGGCUCUACAGGAGAAACGGUCAGACUGCAAAGGCACGCGAUGCGUUCGUCAUCGCCGCCGCAGACCUCCGACAUAUCCCCGCGCUGGUUGAUCAUGCGAGAAUGGUAGAGUUGGGGCAAACAGCCGAGGAGAACAAGUACAGGGAGGUUUUGCUGGUAUCAGGCGCCAAGAUGGGCAACGUUAAGGCGUUCAGGCAGAUGGUGGUGGAUUUGUUGAUCAAGUACGAGAAUCCGGAGAAAUACAGCCCCAAGGAGUUCAAGGAGGAUCCUGUUGAUGUGAGGGUGAUUUGGGAGUGGUGCAUUCUUACGCUGGGCCUGGGUCGGACAAACGGCCCGUUCGCGUUUGCCGAUAAGGACGAGUUUGAGCGGGUUCACAACGCUAUCAGGGGCAACCGGGCCAGGAUGAGUCUGGUCGAGCAGGAUGCAGAGACUGAGGAGGUGACAUUGGCGAUUUGGGUCUACCCUUCUAAAAUAGCAAACUUGGGGAACCUUACCGGGGAGCCUGAGAGAUUUGAUAUCACAAUAUAA